CUGAGCGCCUCCAUGUUCGGCUCGUUGAAGCAGCAUCACCACAGCGGGCACACGGACAAAGCACCACGCUGCUGAACCGUGCAGAUAUAUGCCGCUGUUAACUGAUAACGAUAUUGUUAACCCGUUGGUUAGAAUUGUAUUCUGGAAAAAAAUGCUCAUAUGUCAGGGUAAUAAUCAUAUUUAUUUUCUAAUCCAAAUGCAUAACCAUGGGCCUGGUUAAUGUUUGCACCCGCAGCAACAUGGGCAGACGUCAGGCUCAGAGGAAGACCCCGGCGCUGCCGCACAACGCUCCAUCAUGGCAGGACAAUAACCACUUCACGGAAAAAAGGUCGCAGCAAAGACGAAAAAACAACGUCAACAUCCCCUCCACCAAAUGCACCUCUCUACAGACCAGCGCUCAGGGAACAACAGCCGAUUCGGCGUUUCGUGUGGCGCCCUCUGUAGGCGAGAGAAGGGAAGUGCGGCGUCCAGCCUGCCGCCACAGAGAACAUUCCCGCGGGCCUGCCAGGAGUAAACAUGGCGCCGCGGGCCACCCCCCGGGCCGCCUGUCAGACUCAAGCCCAGCUCCUCCCGGGAGCAGGGGGCCGGAGCAGGAUCCAGAGAAGCUGUGCGACCCUGGAAAGGACACCGACAGCGACCGGGAUCUGUCCGACACUGAAAGGCUUCCCCUGUCCCCCUCCUCGCCCGCCGUUCCCCCGCCCCUCGACCUGCGCCCGGAGGUCAUCUCCCCCUCCCCCCUCCCCCCCGACCCCCACGGGCCGCGAGGAGGGGGGGGGCCGCGAAACCCCCAGUCUGACCCCUUCCCGGACUUCCUGCCUCCGCCUUUCAACGCCUGGAGCCUAAGCCAGCUGGCGUCCUGCUACCAGGCGGAGCCACGCCCCCAGCCCCGCCCCCAGCCCCGUCCCCCCGAUCACCUGGAGCGCUACCUGGAGCGCUUGCUGCAGCUGGAGGGGCGGCGGCUUCAGACGGAGGAGGAGGAGGGCCGGGGCCCCGCCCCCGUGCGACCAGGCGGCCCCGCCCCCCCGGGCGCCGCCGCCCGCCUCAGCUGCCCCCGCAGCAUCCUGCAGUGCCAGCGCGCCUUCCCGCUCAGCUUCCUGUCCGCGCCGUCGGCCGUCGACGCGACGCUGCUGUCGGGCUGCGGCUGCUCACAGUGCCGGCAGCGCUACGCCGCCGCCGCCGCUGCCGCCGCGAGCCGCGCCCGGCGCUGCCGCUGCCCCUCGGCCCACGCCCCGCCCACUGCCCCGCCCACCGCCCCGGGGCCCCCCCUCCCCCGCAGGAGCCACAGCGAGACCCGCGCCCGGGCCCCCGCGGAGAGGAGACCGUCCAGGACCCGGGGCCGCCCCCCCCUCAGCCCGGCCCGGGGGGGCCACCAGGGGCGCAUGCAGGACCUGGGGAACCUCCGCCGGCCCCCCACCCCUGGACCCCCCACCCCCGGGCCCCCCACCCCCGGGCCCCCCACCCCCGGACCCCCCACCCAGGCCCUGGCCCCGGCUGACAGAGACGGGACGGGGUGUGGAUAUUGUAUUUAA